GGUGAUCACCUUCCGAUUUUCGGAAAAUGAUUUAGCCGUCCCGUAAUCAGCCGCACCGUAGUCCCGAGAACAAGAAGAGAGCGUCCGCUUUGCUGGUGAUCUGCAGGUUGGACGGACCAGCGAGGUUUGAGAGGGGGCAGAAGGAAAACACAAAGGGAUGGGUUGUGGCGGAAGCCGGGCUGACACUAUCGAGCCCAGGUACUAUGAAAGCUGGACCAGGGAGACAGAAUCAACGUGGCUCACCAACACCGACACGGAUGUACCUUUGCCAGUAGUGCCCAACGUGUGCAACAACGCGAACGAACCCAAUGCAUCGGACAGGGGGUCCAUGCAUGUGUGCACCAACACUUCGGAAGGAAGCACUCAAACUCAUACCCACGUAACCGUGUCUUCUAAUGUACAGGAACAAGUAAGCACCAACAAAACGACAUCUACAGUUGGAACAAACACACGCAGUGGAAAACAACAGCUGGCGCAUGUCUCAGGAGCAACAGUACAGAAAAGGCAUAUAUUUAGAACAGAUGAGAAAAAAAAACAGGAGACCAAGAAAGUAUUAGCAAAAGAAGUUAACGUUCAUGUCACCAAAAGCAUCUGUUCAAUUGAGUCAGAAGAAAGAAAAUUAGAAAACUUUGUGAAGUAACAAUCAAUUUAACCAGGAUCUUACAGGAAAAAAUCAAUGCUGUUUGCACUUUACAGAAGUUCCUUUGCCAGACUUGAAGAAGACUUGAAGAAACAGAAUGCUUAAAAGCUGUCAAAGUUGUGCUGUGCCUUGAGAACCAAUAUCUGAAGAUUCAUCCAAUGACUAGAUCUUCAAAAAAAAAAGAGUUGUAAUCAAUAAGCCAAAAUAUAUGUAUGAUUUAACUGGAAUUCUGAAUACACUUAACAUCAAAGUAAUCUGAAAUAUGCAUGUAGGUUUUCUUAUAAAACUAUUGCAGA